AUGUCGGAGCCACUGGAGCUGCCGGACUGGGUUCCCGACUGGCUCCCAGAUCCAAGACCCAUUGUGGAUAGAACGCCCUCAAGCCAGCCAUCUCGAGACCAUGACAAUAUCGAGCAGUUCAAUAUCAAGGCGGCAAAGACGUUGUAUGUGACCCCGAGUGCCAAUCGAACGGUCAACAGGAAACUGAAAGGAAUUCAUAUUUUUAUGAUUACAGUCAACGGGACCCUUGGAACAGGCCUUUAUUGGCGGGGUGGGCAGAUAUUGGAACUCGCGGGUCCCCUCGCAGCGCUACUGUCUUUCCUACUCGUCGGGCUUUUGUCUUGGGCUGUUAUGCAAUGCAUUACCGAAUUGCUAUGCAUAUGGCCAAUUCCCGGUGCGCUUUCGGUUUAUGUUACCGAGUUUGUGGAUCCUGAACUUGGAAUCGCCGUCGGCAUUGCCUAUUGGUUCACCUAUUCAGUCAGCUUUGGGGCCCUUAUAGCCACCCUCGCCGCGGAAGUGGACUUUUGGACCGGUGCCAAUGGCAGCCAGGUCAUUGAUGGGUUAGUUAUCUAUACUAUAGUUCCAGCUAUUUUGGUGUUGAUAAACUCGGCCGGGAUUGAGAUUUACGGACCACUUGAGGUGGUCUUUGGCAUUCUCAAAAUAACAUGUCUUGCGGUUAUUGUUGUUGCUCUAAUCGCAGUUAAUGCUGGAGCUGGCAGUCAGGGAUACCUGGGGGUGGAUAACUGGUCGAUGCCGAAGACAUUCGACCAUAAAGCCGCCGGUAGCUGGGGAAUUGCCUUUCUAAUGUGUCUAUCGAUCGCGACGUUCGCAUAUGUAGGGGUUGAGAUCGUAGCGGCCUCAGCCCUGGAGUCUGCUCCUUACUCAUACCGUGCCCGAAGGAGAAGCAACGCUAGGGCGGAAUCUGACCUUUCACGCCGUUCCACUGACACACUUAUUGGAAAUACUGUCAAGUUUUCGUCGAUGUACAUCUCUCUUCUAGCGACCAUCUCCUAUUCACUUUGCGGUCUACUUAUCUCCUUCGAUAUCCAUUGGCAGCACUGUGGGCUUCCACGGCUCAGCUGGACCGAGAAACCUGGCGAUGAACAGCAGUGUGACCCGUUCACCACCUCUGCAUUUGUAGCGAUCGCAGGGGAAUCUAAAAUCCCGUAUCUAGACAACGUAUUCAACGCUUUUUUGGUGUUCACCUGUGUGACCUGCGCUGGGACAAACCUCUACGUCGCCUCGAGGACACUAUUUGGCUUGACGAGUCGGUUAGAUGGUGGGAAGGGGCAACCCUGGCAUCUCCGGCUUCUGGCCUGGAUUGGCCGUACCAAUUCCCGCAAAGUUCCUUUCCGAGCCAUGGUCCUUAGUGCUGCUGCCUUCUUUUGGGUUCCGUUUCUCCAACUGCGUGGCGGCACUAGCACCGCGACUCCGAUAGGAAUGUUCGUCGAGAUUCUUGCCCAGAUGGGCAGUGUACCGGUUGUCAUAGUGUGGGCGUGCGAGGUCCUUGCUUUCAUUCGAUAUUACCACUGCAUCAGACAGCAUCAAUCCGUCCUGAAGGCGCAGGGGAUCCCCCUUGUCCGUCGCUUUUGUGAGACGGAGUAUAACGAUUACAUAUAUCGCAGCCCUUUGCAGCCAGCACUCGCCUAUGUUGCCUUGGUCGGCUGUUUGUUCAUCCUAAUAGUUGCCAACGGGGCUUCUCUUUGGGGACAAUUCUACACAUUCCCGUUUCUCUCUUCAUACCUUGUCGUUUUGGUAUUCAUCGGAGUCUGGAUACUCUUAAAGGCUGUCAGAGGUGGGAGGUGGGCGUUUGUUGAUCUUUCGAAUCCAGACAAGGUGGUGCGGAAGAUUCGCAACUUGCACGAUAUCCGGUUGGCGGCGACAUAG